GGCCAAUGGCGUCGCACGCCACCGCCGGCGGCGGCGACGAGGAGAUGGUGGAGGCCAGCACGCUGCGCCACCGGCACGGCGCGGGCAAGGAUGCCGGCGGCGGCGGCGCCGCCGCCAAUGGAGGCGUCGACGACGGGCGGCAGCUGGCGGCGGCGGCGGCGGAUCAGGAGGAGGGCCCAUCGUCGGUGGAGCGCGCGUUCGCGGACAGGGCCGUGCCGUCGUGGCGGGAGCAGCUGACGGUGCGCGCCUUCGUGGUGAGCUUCUUCCUCUCCAUCAUGUUCAGCAUCAUCGUCAUGAAGCUGAACCUCACCACGGGCAUCAUCCCCUCGCUCAACGUCUCCGCCGGCCUCCUCGGCUUCUUCUUCGUCCGCCUCUGGACAGCCGCCAUCGAGCGGCUGGGCCUCCUCCGGCAGCCGUUCACGCGCCAGGAGAACACCGUCAUCCAGACCUGCGUCGUCGCUGCCUACGACAUCGCCUUCAGCGGUGGUUUUGGCACAUACUUGUUUGGCAUGAGUGAAACAAUUGCCAAGCAAGCAACGGAGGCUAAUGAUGCUCAGAAUGUCAAGAAUCCCCACAUCGGGUGGAUGAUUGGAUUUCUCUUCCUCGUCAGUUUUAUUGGCCUAUUUGCCCUUGUGCCCCUGAGAAAAAUUAUGAUUGUCGACUACAAGCUCACCUAUCCAAGUGGCACGGCAACAGCUUACCUUAUCAAUGGUUUCCACACUCCAGAGGGUGCAAAGCUUGCUAAGAAGCAAGUGAAGACACUGGGCAAGUUCUUUUUGUUCAGCUUCGUUUGGGGCUUUUUCCAGUGGUUCUACACUGGCGGGGAUGGGUGUGGAUUCCAGAACUUCCCUUCAUUAGGGCUUCAAGCCUAUAAAAACAGGUUUUACUUCGAUUUCUCCCCUACCUAUGUUGGAGUUGGGAUGAUUUGCCCCCACAUUGUGAAUGCGUCUGUUCUAUUGGGAGGCAUCCUUUCAUGGGGAGUCAUGUGGCCACUGAUAAGAAACAAAAAAGGGAGUUGGUACUCUGCCUCUCUCAAAGAAACUAGCCUUCAUGGACUGCAAGGCUACAGGGUGUUCAUAUCCAUUGCCUUGAUUCUUGGAGACGGUCUGUACAACUUCGUGAAGGUGCUCAUUCGCACAACCACCGGCUUCGUUGCGAUGAUGAAGAAGAACAGCACGCUUCCAGUCUCCAACGAUGGCAGCCCCAUGGUCACCGGUGAGGCUGCCUCCUUCGACGACGAACGCCGCACCGAGCUCUUCCUCAAGGACCAGAUCCCCAAGACGGUGGCGUACGGAGGAUACGUCGCCGUCGCCGCCGUGUCGAUCGGCGCUCUCCCGCAGAUCUUCCCGCAGCUCAAGUGGUACUACAUCCUGGUCGCCUACGUCUUCGCGCCGGUGCUGGCCUUCUGCAACGCCUACGGCGCCGGCCUGACGGACUGGUCCCUCGCGUCCACCUACGGGAAGCUCGCUAUCUUCAUCUUCGGUGCGUGGGCCGGCGCGUCGCAGGGCGGCGUGCUGGUCGGGCUCGCCGCCUGCGGCGUGAUGAUGAGCAUCGUGUCGACGGCGUCGGACCUGAUGCAGGACUUCAAGACGGGGUACCUGACGCUGGCGUCGCCGAGGUCCAUGUUCAUCAGCCAGGUGAUCGGCACGUCGAUGGGGUGCGUCAUCGCGCCGUGCGUCUUCUGGCUCUUCUACAAGGCCUUCACCGACAUCGGCGUGAGCGGCACCGAGUACCCGGCGCCGUACGCCAUCGUGUACCGCAACAUGGCCAUCCUCGGCGUCGACGGCUUCUCCUCGCUGCCCAAGCACUGCCUCACGCUCUGCUACAUCUUCUUCGCCGCGGCGAUCGCCAUCAACCUGGCCAGGGACCUGGCGCCGCCCAAGGUGGCGAGGUUCAUCCCGCUGCCCAUGGCGAUGGCCAUCCCGUUCUACAUCGGGUCCUACUUCGCGAUCGACAUGUUCAUCGGCACCGUGAUCGUCUUCGUGUGGGGGAUGGUGAACCGUGCCAAAGCCGACGCGUUCGCGCCGGCGGUCGCCUCGGGCUUGAUCUGCGGCGACGGCAUCUGGACCUUGCCGCAGUCCAUCCUUGCCCUAGCCAAGGUGAAGCCGCCGAUCUGCAUGAAGUUUCUGUCACGAUCGGUGAACGCCAAAGUGAAUGAUUUCCUGGGUAAUUAG